AAUAUAAAAUCCACAUCAGCAAAGGACAGAGAGGGAGGGAAGAAUGAGAAUGAGCUCUAUGUGACGAACUGUGCAUUAAGACCGAGGCUGUGUCAUAUUGGAACUAAUCAAGCUCAAAACUUUAGUCAUGUCAGCUACUUGUUGAUUUUAAGUUUCUCACUGUAGCCUACAACUCUGAUAAUCUUCAUAAAAAUAACAAAUCUGCAGCAGAAAGCUUUUUGAAAGCCAUCACCAUGGCUGAUUUAAGUAUUGAUCAGGACAAUCUACCCGGAGUAAAAGAAGUGUGCCGGGACUUUGCCGUGCUGGAGGACCACUGCCUGGCCUACAGCCUCCAGGAGCAGGAAAUUGAGAGUCACUUGGCCUCCAAUGUCCACAAGAGCCGUCUGAUCCAGACAGACCUGAGGGUGGCCAAGCGUAUACAGGAGGAGGAGGACGUCCAGGCCAAGGCCCUCACCCAGAGGCAUCAAAGAGCCAUAGAGCAGAGUGAUGUUGAGAUCGCCCACGGGAUUCAGGACCAGCUGGUCAGACAGGCCAUGCAACAGCGACAGCAGGAAGAGAAAGAUGCAGAAGUCGCUCGCAAGCUGCAGAAGCAGAUGAUAAAGGAGGAGAAGAAGAUGAGUAAGAAAAUUAAGAAGCUGCAGGGGUCCACUUCUGUGGAGCCAUACGCAUUCUCAUCUCCCUCCGGCUCCCCCCGGGGAUCAAGACACUGCUCCCCCGAGCCCAGCCGGAGCGGAUAUCCGGAGAGAACAGGGCGGGGGGGUCAGGGCAGGGCCGGGAGUCCGAUGGAGCCACACCUCUCGCGCUCUGCGUUUUACGCGGACGGCGAGCGGCUGAGGGGGGCCGCACCCAAGAAAGAGAAACCAGCCAGACCACCCCCACCCCAGUGCCAGGACAGGGAGGGGGAGGGAGGGAGGUGGGUAGGGACAGGCCAGCGGGACGUGGCCCGUGGUUCGAGCGUAGCCUGGCUGGAAGAGGAGAAGGCGGAGCUAGAGGACGUGCGGGGCAGCGAGGGCCUGGUGUCAGGGUUCGAGGAGUCAAGUCGAGGGGGAAGGGGUACAAGAGAACCCCAGGACCCAUGGGAUCUCCAGGAGCUGGUCUCCAAAAGCUCUUCCCUCCUGAGGGAGGACAGAUGCCCGCCCCAGCCCCCUGGGGAGCCAGACUGGAUGGCAGGAAGCGACUACAGUGUGCAGAACGUGACUCAGGGCGUGAAACAGAUGGGCCUGCGGGAGCAGGAGCUUCACGACAUGGAGGUGGCCAGAAGGCUGCAGGAAGAGGAGCUGAAGGCUAGUCUGGCUGACUCAAGGGCGGCCCAAGUCGCACAGGAUGAGGAAAUCGCUCGGAUGCUGAUGGAAAAGGAGAAGAAGAAGGCUUGCAAGUCAUCCAAAAAGUGGGGGAGGAAAAACCCGGACGGAGAGUGGAGGGCAGGUUCAGAGGUGGUAAAGCCCAGCUCUAAGGAAGACUACGAGCACCAGAGGUCCCAGAGCCUGAAACCAGCCAGACCACCUCCACCAAUGCACAACUAUGAAAACGAGUCCGGCUCCCUCCGUGCCCCCACCCGACCAGAACCCACGUACAGAGGCUCCCUUCACAAGCACUGACCAUGGAAACAUGCUGCCAUUUCAUUUUUUUUAUGAUCAUGCCUUUUUAAUUAUGUUUUAUUUUAAUUUAAUACUGGAAACAUGGAAUGUUUUUUUUACCCCUGGAAACCUUUGAGAAAUUUGAAAUGAUUUUUUUUUAAUUUCCUGCCACGCUUUGAGUAUGAAGAGAGCCAUUAAGUAUUAUUUGUCACCUUUUUAGAUUAAGUGUGGUAUGCUGUCACUGUUCUGUCCAUACACAGUUCAAAGGGAAGAGGAAAAUUGGGAACUUUGAAUCCCUAUUUGUGUGUGUGUCUGUGCCACACGAUGAGGAUAUGGACACGGGGUACCAUCACUGGAUGUGCAAGUCACAUGAUGUGUGACAUCACUCCUCGCCACUAUUAGUGGAAAAUGAGUUUGUCCUGAGGGCGGUCACUCUGUCUGACACUUAGCAUAGCCAAGGGCAGGCUUUGCAAAGGACCAGAACAUUCAUGGCUCGCCGGUGUCAUCGCACCAGAAUGACACGGCCACUUUCAGGAAUAUCACGCAUUUCUCCUAGUGGACUGACUGACUUUCUUUAGAAAUGGUGAAAGGGCAUGUGGACUUGGUCUGAACCUUUUCUCUGUUCCCUGGCCCCGAUUUACCUCUGAACUGGUGGAAGCGACUCUUCUCUGGGACUACAAUAAUGGCUACAUUCUGCUGGUCUUCAGGAUGACGCGUGGCUGAGUAAUUUCGUAACGUGUAACCGUACAGGUUUUUUAUCGCUUUCCAGUAUUUCUCAGAUUUCCCCCUGGAUGGUCUUGAUGCCAUGGCUCAAGUUGGAACCAGCUUUAAGCUAUUUAAUUGUGGUGUUUCUCAUAUUCCUUUAAAAAAAAAAAAAAAAUGUUUUCAUUUAUAUGAUUUUAACCUAACUGAGGAACAUUCACAGGAAACUACCUUGGGUGAUAUACCUGUAGAAAUGAGCUGUCCUGUUGCUUACAUAUCCAGACUGUGGUGCCAUAUGUGACCCUGUAUGUUUUGCAUAUGCCAUGCGAUGUAGUUUUGUGUGGGGAGAUGGCAUUCCUAUAGUGAUUACAUACUGAUUUAUCAUGACUGGAAAUACAUGGUUUGACACCAUCGUUCGCUCAUUGGCUAUGGUACAGUGGCUCCACAGCCGACUGUCUACCAACCAAGGGAGAGAGAAUAUGGGGCUGGACCGCUUCACUAAUCAGGGGAGAACUGCUCAUCAGCAAGCACUUAGCAGUGGUACCAGACUCCUUCCCUUGAGGGCUGUAGUGUCUGCUGGUUAUUAAACUGCUCCUAAGUAGCCAGAAUGGGUUAAAUGCAGAGGACAGAUUACCCCACAGAGUUUUAUAGAGUAUAUCUAAUCUAUUUUUUUUUGUGUAAUUAAAUGACAUUAAUUGAAGUCAAUGAUUGGCUAACAAGUCUGCACACAUUAUUUCCAAGGCCUUAAUUGGUGGCUGACUGAAGGGAAACCACAAAAUCCUGCAGACACUGUGGCCCUCCUGGGCUUACGUUUGUCUUAUGUGGCAUAUUGAGAAAAUCUUUGCAAGCUUUUCAUGUGACUUCAUGCAAAACAGUCAAGCCCAUGUACCUUUUUUCCCCUAUCAGAUUAUUGUAUAUGGAAGUUUUCCUUUGCAAUUAUUAGGUUAAAUUUUGUGAGUCAAUACAUUCACAAGUUCUGUCCUUCAUGUGUUUGUGUAUUAAAAACUCAUUUAUACACUUUGUUCAGUAUGAAGUACUCACUUUUACAAUGGGGAUCAUGGGAAUUUACUCAUUUCCAGCUAAUCACUUGGUUACAUGCCUGUGCUCUUAAGAAAUGUCUAUUUAAUAAUUGUGACAGACCUACAUUGGUCAGUUACCUGUAACUUCCCACUUUUUCAUUGUGGCUGUUAAUAUUGUAAGGGAAGUGCUACUACAGCAUGAGAAAAAGGUAUUACAGGACCUGUAAGGGAGAUGCUAGUAUGUAGUUCAUUACUUCUAUAUUUUUAUAACUUAUUUUUUCAAAGUAGCAGCAGUCAUUUAGAUUUUUAAUCUCAUUUAAGUGAAGCUGCUAUUUCCAUAAGAAGUUUUCCAUUUGAAAUAGCAUUUUCUUGAAUUUGAUUGGAGGUAUUCAUUUAGAAGUAUGAAAAAUUCAUGUGUGUGUGCGCGUUUGCCCUUUUGUACAAUAAUGUUUUCCAUAAACAGACGUAUAAAAACUCAUACAGACUGAUGUAAUUAGGUUGUUUUGUCAAAUAACCAAUAUUUUUUAGUUUUAUAAUGCAAAGGAUGAAAACCUGGGUGCGAGUAGCUCAGCAGUGACUUCUGAGACAAGCCAGAAAGAAUAUUGUGGCUCCACCUGGUGGUUAUAAAUAUAAAUAAGAAUGUGGUUGUGUUGUACGAUAUACAAGGCACACUUUUAUGUGGUGUUAGCGUUAACUCCAGACGUUAUCCCACACUAAUGUUGGUUGUAACUGGGCAGAGAUCUUGUAUUUUAAAUGCUAUAUAUAUAUAUAUAUAUAUAUAUAUAUAUAUAUAUAUAUAUAUAUAUAUAUUUAUAUUUAUAUUUAAUAUUUUAAAUUACUCCAAAAGAAAAAACUUAACAAAGCAAAAUUCAGUCUGAUGGCAAGUCUCAAUUUGACCUUUUGAGUCAAGCAGUGGUUAAUUACGAUAAAGUUGUUAGUACGGAAGAAGCACAAUGCCCUUUGUCACACCUGUCGUAUAUACAUAGUCCCUACAGAAAAACAACCAUUAAAAAUUUUAAACAUUGUCAUGUUGCUUUCCAUUUAGUAAAAUUAUGCUUUCUGAAGUUACUAUUUUGUUUCCAGAUUGUACAAUGUAAGAAAUGUGUGAAAUGGUUGUACUGAAAUAUGUCAUCAUCAGACAUGGUGUUCAGUCAAUACAGCGAUUUAAUUUUACAGGUUAAUUGGUUGAAUUUGUGACUAUUGUAGCUCAACUGUUAAGGGCUUCGACAAUACAUGAAAGUCUGUUUUGUCACCACAUCUGGUGAUGUACUGUGUUUAGACAUGCAUUUCUGCCAUUCUGCACCCAUUUAUGAUUUGUAUAACUUAACUUUGUUAAAUUAACUUUCUUAAAUGCUUUAUUUUUCCUAAAAAAAUGAAUCAACAUGAAUGAAUACACUUGAAUUACAGAAUAAAACAGCAUCUGUUGAUUUGUCUACAAUAGUUCCAGUAUCAUUUCAACUGAUAAUCUUCUGGCUAAGCUCCUGCUUAUUCACUGGAAAGGAAGAAACUGAAUUGCAUUUGUCCACUGAGCAGGUCCAAACUUUUGAGAAAAAUUCCAGUGUUUGGUUCUAGUACAGGUGCAUUCAUUUCACAAUACAACUGACCUGAAUACAAACAAAAAAUAAGCUUUUUCCACUGUUUCCUGUCAGACUUGUAAUUCCUUGCUGAUUUCAUCAUACAGUUGCAUCCUGUGGUUUGCAAUUUAUGUGUAACUUGUUCUGUUUUCUGAGAUCAGAAAUUCUGGAAAAUACCAUGGAACAAAUUAAUGUGUUGUCACAUUAAGAUCACACUUUCUAUGUGAUCUCAGAUACCUUAAAAAUCACUACACAUGCUGUAGCUUUUUAUUAUUUAUAAAGACCAGUCAUUGAUCAACUUUAUUAUUUUUUAUAUCAUUUUAAUUGAUUCAAUAAUUCUUUAUAUAUACAUCAUACAUCUAUUUAUAGAAAAAAACAACAACAUAAAACGGUAUGUAUAAGACAGGACUGUGACAGCAUCUAUCAAUAAUAAUAUAUCUAUUUAUAUUUGUUCGAGUUACUCCAAUCAUUCAUGGGGAUAGUACAUUAUAAAACAAAAAUGUUAGAACUUAAUUGAAAUGUUCAAUUGAUGGACUUUUUAGAGCUUCUCAAAGGAAUAUGUGUUUUCAGAGACAGUGAAUUUUUUAAAUAAAAUGAUAUGCAUAUAUGAAUAGACAUGA